UGCAGUUCACUGCGUUUCCGUGUUAGCUAGACUGGUUAGCUGCCUUCAAGGUAGAGCUUACGAUCGACUCGGACUGGAUACUAACAAUGCCGAUACAUGAAAAACUAUUUUCUAAAGGAAUGCGUUAUCGUUCUUAUGCUUAAACUGUCUAUUUGUGAAUUAUGCUAUGGAUAGUGCAGUGACAACAACACUAUCCGUAACAUGCGAGAUGAUCAGAACAAGAUAUUAGCCAACUGUGCGUCUUCAACAGCUACAGUAGCUACCGCUGAGUCCAAUUUAUGGUGGCUUCGUUGAUUUAUUUUGUGUUUCGUCUUAGGGGAAAAUGAAGAAGUUCAAUAUCAGAAAAGUCCUGGACGGCUUGACUGCUUCAUCUUCCUCUGCAUCUGCACAUCCGGGACCUAAUCAAAAUGAUGUGAUACAAGAGACGCUACAGUCAGAGCAUUUUCAGCUCUGCAAGACUGUGCGCCAUGGCUUCCCCUACCAGCCCUCCUCCAUGGCCUUUGACCCUGUGCAGAAGAUUCUGGCCAUUGGGACUCAGAGUGGUGCUGUGAGACUUUUUGGCCGUGCUGGUGUGGAGUGCUACUGUCAACAUGAGAGUGGGGCGGCUGUCAUCCAGCUCCAGUUCUUGGUCAACGAGGGGGCGCUAGUGAGUGCCUUAGCUGAUGACAGCGUUCACCUGUGGAAUCUGAGGCAGAAGCAGCCAGCUAUCCUGCACACACUCAAAUUCAACAGGGAGAGGAUCACGUUUUGUCACCUGCCCUUUCAGAGUAAAUGGCUGUACAUUGGCUCGGAGAAAGGAAACAUCCACAUCGUAAAUGUUGAGUCCUUCACACUCUCAGGCUAUGUUAUCAUGUGGAACAAAGCCAUCGAACUGUCCUCCAAGACUCACCCUGGGCCUGUGGUCCAUAUCAGUGAUAACCCAAUGGACGAAGGAAAGAUUUUGAUUGGAUUUGAAUGUGGGACCGUGGUGUUGUGGGACCUGAAAUCCAAAAAAGCUGACUACCGUUACAAUUAUGACGAGGCCAUCCAUUCUGUAGCCUGGCACCAUGAAGGUAAACAGUUCACCUGCAGCCACUCGGAUGGAACUCUGACCACAUGGAAUGUACGGGUCCCCACCAAGCCUGUAAUCACCAUCACACCACACGGUAAGCAGCCCAAGGAUGGAAAGAAGCCAGAACCAUGCAAGCCUAUCCUGAAAGUGGAGUACAAAACAACAAGAGCUGGGGACGCCUUCAUGGUAAUGUCUGGAGGCCUGUCCUAUGACACAUGCUGCAGGAGAGCCUGUCUUACAGUGAUGCACGGGAAGAGUACCGCCGUCCUGGAGAUGGAUUAUCCCAUCGUAGACUUCCUAACGCUCUGUGAAACACCAUAUCCAAAUGACUUCCAGGAGCCUUAUGCAGUGGUGGUCCUGCUGGAGAAGGAUUUAGUUGUAAUCGACCUUGGACAAAUUGGGUACCCAAUAUUUGAGAACCCGUACCCUCUGUCGAUCCACGAGUCCCCAGUGACAUGUGUGGAGUAUUUUGCCGACUGCCCUCCUGAACUCAUACCUGCACUUUACUCUGUGGGCUCCCGGCAAAAGAGACAAGGUUACAGUAAAAAGGAAUGGCCAAUCAGUGGUGGUAACUGGGGCCAAGGCACUCUGAGCUACCCUGAGAUCAUCAUAACUGGACAUGCUGAUGGAUCAAUCAAGUUUUGGGAUGCUUCUGCAAUAAUGCUCCAAGUACUGUACAAACUGAAGACUGCCAAGGUGUUUGAGAGGUCUCUGAAGGGUGCCAAGGAGGAGAAGCAGAACACAGAGAUAGUCGACGAGGACCCGUUCGCCAUCCAGUCCCUGUCGUGGUGCCCAGAGAGCAGGAUGCUGUGUGUGGCCGGAGUCUCCGCCCACGUCAUCGUCUAUAGGUUCAGCAAACUGGAAAUAACCACUGAGGUGGUGCAGCUGUUGGAGGUGCGUAUGCAGUGCGAGCUGAACGAUGUGGAUUCCCCAGACCCAGCAGAUCAUCCUCCCACCCCCUCCACCCCAGCCGCCCACUCCUCUGCCAGCCCGAGCCAGGAGAGAGAUCCCUUUGAGACCCAGCAGUCCACCACCGAUGAAGGGCCCCGGGAUAACGUGCCAUGCCUCAAAGUCCGGAGUUCCCCUCUGAAGCAAUCUCCAGGUUACCAGGUGGACCUAGUGGUUCAGCUGGUCUGGGUCAGUGGCGAACCCCCCCAGCAGAUCACCAGUCUGGCUGUUAAUUCCUCGUAUGGCCUUGUGGCAUUCGGCAACAGCAACGGCCUGGCUGUGGUGGACUACCUACAGAAGACCCUCCUCCUGAACAUGGGCCUGUCGGAGCUCUACAGUCCCUCGGAGCCCUACCAGAGACAGCCCCGGUCCCCCCGCAAGACGCGGCAGCCUUCUGGAGCCCUCAGUGACAAUGAUGGGAACAAUGCUGCAGAGGAGAAAAGCAACAAAUCACCAACGUCAGGCUCCACAUCUCCCUUCAAUUCAGACGAUGAACACAAACAGCAAAGGUUCAUAGAGAAGGUGAUGUCCAAAAGCAGGCGGUUUUCCAAGACGGUUGCCAAUGACUUUGCCAGGAUGUCAAGAAAAAUUAGCUCAUCUACAGAGCAAAAGACAGACCAGGAGGAGAGGGUGCAACGCAAGCGCCAACCCCUGAAAAAAAAGUGCUUGAGUUCUGUGAAAGAAGACAAUGAGACCAGAAGGACACAGUUUCAUCUGUUUACUCACCCAGUCCCUGACCUCAAUGCCAAGGAUUCGUUCAGCCGCUCGAGGAGCUCCAGUGUGACCAGUAUAGAGAGGGAGUCUCGUGAGGCCGUCUCCUCCAUCCACUUCAUGGAGAGUUUCCCCAGGAAGACGGACAGCAGUGCCAGCCCCAGCCUCUGGGUGGGUUCUACCCAAGGCACCCUGCUAAUGCUGGCCCUCAGCCUGCCACCCACAGGGGACCAGAGGCUGCAGGAGCCUGUCGGAGUCUCGCCUUGUGGUACUCUGGUCAGACUAAAAGGAGGUAUCUUGACCAUGGCCUUCCUGGACUCCCUUGGCGUGAUUGUCCCUCCUCUUUACGAGCCAUGGUCGGAACCCAACGCCCCGGACGAGGAGAAGGAGAAGGCGAGGAGGCGCCGGCCGGCCUCUCCAGCCCCCACCCAGGAGGGUCAGGACAGCCAGUAUGCUGUGGUGUGUUCAGAGAAACAGGCUAAGGUGUUGGGUCUGCCCUCCCAGUCCCACUGCUUCAAACACAACAUCACAGAGAGUUCCUUCGUGCUGAGAGCUGAUGUGGUGCAGAUGACUGCUGGACUCUGCCUUGCCUGCUUUUGUGCCAACGGACACAUCAUGACUCUGAGUCUGCCUAGUCUAAGACCACUCCUGGAUGUAAACUACCUUCCUCUGACAGAUAUGAGGAUAGCCCGGACCUUCUGCUUCUCCAACCUGGGCCAAGCUCUAUACCUCGUCUCCCCCACAGAGAUACAGAGGAUCACAUACAGCCAAGAGACCUGCAACAAUUUACAAGAGAUGAUGGGAGAGUUGUUCACCCCAGUGGAGACACCUGAGGCACCUAACAGAGGGUUCUUCAAGGGCUUGUUUGGGGGAGGAGCUCAGUCGUUGGAUAGAGAAGACCUCUUUGGUGAGAUUGCAGCGGGUAAGGCCUCUCGUAGCCUGGCGCAGCACAUCCCUGGGCCACAGAGCAUGGAGGGCAUGAAGGGGGCAGCCUCUGGGGUCGUUGGCGACCUGGCCCGUGCCCGGAUAGCCCUGGACGAGAGGGGGCAGAAGCUGGGAGAGCUGGAGGACAGAACGGCAGCCAUGUUGGCCAGCGCUGACUCCUUCUCUAGACACGCUCACGAUAUGAUGCUGAAAUACAAAGAUAAGAAGUGGUAUCAGCUCUGAUGGCGGCUAGUGGAGACGUGGCCCUUGGUUGUCUUGCACCACAUCAUCCUCCACAGGAGAUGCACCUCCUCGUCCAUUUUCUCCUCUUCAUGUCUUUGCAGGAGGAAGAGGUGUUCUCUACUAGACUGAUGCUUUCUUCCUUGCUGCACACACAACACUCUGCAUUACCUCAGUCACCUGCUCACCACUGAGGAGACCAAAAGACAGACAGACAGAGAAGAGUUAUUCUGAAUGUUUCUUUCUGCUGUCUGAAAGAGAUUUGUUCAUUGUCUUAUCCCACCAGAAGAAAACUAAGAGGACUGGAUAUGUGGGCCCCUGUAUUUCAGCAGUCAUGCUCUCAUCUGUUCAGCUGUUUCGAUGUUCAAAGCGGUAAGACAACUCAACACAGAAUGAGUGCUGUUGAAAGUUAGCUGGGUUUACUUUUGCAGUGGUCUGGCGGGGUCUUGUCUGCUCUUCACACUGUCAACCAAUCACAAUGGACCUUUUGACGGGGCGGUCUCCUGUUUGUAGGGAUUUCCAUAGAAACCUGUCAGUGGAGACAGUUUCCUACAUCCUAAUAUCUAUUGCAAUGGUAAUGAUCAGAUAGAAUUGGCCCCAUCUCUUUCUUUUUUUCUUUCUUGUUUGAUCUUACUGUCUUUCAUGUGAGUCUUUGUUUUGUCAACUUGAUGUGAGCCUGUUUUAGUUUCCCAGGGAGGUCCAUCCAAGCACUUACUUAAUUAACCCUUAACCCUGAGUUUUGUGAUGAGUUUGUGUCAAGAUCAUGUCGUGACUAAGUGACUGUUUUCUCUCCUUUUUCAUAAUUUUUUUGCCUGGUUAUACGUUUUUAUCGUUUAUACAAUCCGUUUGUUUAUUAGAGUUAUUUCAAAGCAAGGUGAUAGAGAACACAGUUCCUGUGUAUGUUUACUGAAUUUCUUUAUUUUCUUUCUUUUGUUUUCUUUUGAGUAAUUUGUUUAUUAAGGAGAUUAAAUUAUCAGUUAUGUGUUUUCAGUUCAAACAUUACAGGCUGUUCAUGGCCACUACACUGAACCCACUUCACAAGCAUGUCCAGAAAAUGUUUUGCCAAAAAGUCUAUGUACAUAGUAAUGAUCAAAACUUUAAGGGUUAGUAUCUGGAAAUCACUGUGCAGAUUGUAUGUAGUUCUGCCUUAUGUGGUUAUAUAGUUAUGACCACAGGAGGAUGUCAGUGCCACUUUACAAUGUUGUUCUCAGCUCUGAUUGGCUGAGACAUUGAGUUGAGAGUAAGGUUGCAAAACUCUGAUAAUAUAACAAAAUUCCUAGGCUUUCCUGAAAUCCCGGUUGAAAGAAUCCUGAAAUCUUGUUGGAUUAAGCAGGGGGAUACACAAUAAACCUACCUGGUUUGGAAGACCAGGGAUUUUGGGGGAAAUUACCUGAAUUUUGCAACAUGCAAGUUGAGGUUAAUGCACAACAGAUUGGAGUCCCCCCUAGAAGUUCCAUGAGGACCUAGGGGAACAGUUAAUAUUUUCCUUAACAUACCAAACAAUUUACUUGGAUUACUGUAUACCUGUUGGGUUAUAAUCGUUUGUUUUCAAACCACUUGAAAAUUAUUUUCUCAUGGCUUAUUUUAAAUAUUUUCAGAAAAAGCAAAAAGGUCUGUUCCAGAUGAGCGAUGUAGUUGUCUGUUUGUAGCCUCAGUAGAUCAAGUGGCAGAAAGCAACUUUAAUGUGCAGUAACACAUGAAUGUCAUUAAUUUCCAAACCAGCCUGUAAAACAUGAAUGUGUCAUUCUUACAAUUUCACAGACAUCUCUCUUCUGCCUUCACUCAUUAUGAUGCAUACAGAUGCUAUGGAAAGUUUACACAACCUUUGCACUUUGUCUUCACAUUUUGCUGCAUUGUUUUGUUGGGGGUCAUUGAUGGAUAGCAAUAUUCAAACUGUCUAAUUUUUUUUAAAGAAAGCAAAUUGAAGUCAGGAUUGAGAUUAGGCUGUCCAAAAACGAUUAACAACUCUGUUGUCCUUGUCUUUAUAAUGUGUGCAGCUGUUCCACAUCUUAGGUUUUGACUGUCAUAACACCCAGACCAGUUUUCCUCUAUCUUUUUACAUGGACUUUGGUACUUUUAAUAAGAUUCCUAACAAAUUCUUUAGUCCCUGUCAGGACAAGCAUACCCAUAACAUGAUCUUUAACCACAAUACAAAAUGGAAAGCAAAUCAAGUAUAUUGAAUUCACUCACAUAACACAUUUCAUUAAGUAAAUGGAAGAAAUCCUGCACUCCAAAUAAUCCUUUCUGUUUGAAACAAGGCCAUUAAUAAAUCCAAUACAACACAGUAAAAACCUCUGGAACUAUAAGUAUUGUAAUGGCAGCCUCAUGUUAAUGGUAUGCUUAUCGACAAUGACUGGGUACUUUGUCUGGAUCAGAAGAAAUAUGAAGCGAGCAAAGCCUAGGUAAAGAGUUAAAGCAUCAUCCCACUUGAUUUUUCUGGUCACUUACCCUUGGGGAUCAAGUUUUUUUUUUGUGGUGAGACAAUUAUGUCAAAAACACACCGCUAUAGGUUUCUGAAAUGUUAAGUUUGAGUGGUCCAGUCUUAGGCUUAAUGCUGUCAUGACUGCAUGUUGCUCUAAGAGUUAUGAAUAUGUUAAAGUAUUAUCCUGAAGGUUUUGUAGCUGUAAUGACUGCCAAAGGUGCUUUCAACUGGUAUUCAUGUAGGGUCUCAAUAUAACUUAAGUUGACUAGGAAAGACAAAUGUCUAAAGAGAAUAUAAUAUAGUAAUACUGUAUUUAAUGUGACAUGACAUUUGUGUCAUGUUUUAACAAUAUCCAGCUAAAGACUGUGAGUGAACCUUAUUUAUUUAUUACAGUUAAGCUACAACAGUAUAUUAAAACCUUUUAUACCAGCAAUUGUUAAAACAUUAAGAGUAUAAUAAAUGUACCCAGGUUUUAUCUUGUCAAGCCAGGCUUAUGUCAAAAUGUUUAGAAUCACUUCAACCUGGCCAAAUGGAGUGAAAACAGCAGUCAUAAAAAUACUCUCUUUUGCUGGGUGUGAAAAAAGUUUGUGAUCCUUGACCCGGACAGCAUUUUGAAUUGUGACAAUAUCAUCAAACGAGUUUGACGCCUGCCAUUCGCCAACACAUCAUAUAACGUCUUAAUUUCACUCUCUUUGGAUUUCUCUACAAUUACUGCGGCAGAAGAAAGGCACAAUCAACACUUUGUUUUGAAUAUGUUACAUUUCAAAUUGUGGAGACAGUUGUGUAUAUUUUCAGGAGAAAAUCUACCGUAAUACCUUUUCAGAGACAAAUGUUAGGCAGCAAAAUAUGAAGACUCUGAAAAGGGUGUGUAGACUGUCACUCUAAUGCUUACCUCCACCUACUGUAUGUGUAUAUCGCAGUGUGUUUGUAAACGUAUAUAUUCAUAUAUUCAGGAAUGUAUAGGCACAUACUGUAUAUGUAUACUUACAGCAAGUAUAUUUAAAAAAAAAAAUCCUUAAUUUUGUUCUUCAGUGUGACUUCGACUAAUACCUUUUAAAAGAGGUUGGAGGAUGAACUCUCUUGUUCAUUUUCUUUCUUAAAAUUAUUUUUCCAAUAACUAGGUUAUGUUUUCACUCCUUUCUGCCGAAGGCUUUACACAGAUAAAUAGAUCGACAAGACAACUGCAGACUAAUCUGAUUGUGCUGGUUUGGGGGCAAAAUGUAUAGUCCCGUAGGACUUCCUAUAAAAAUAUAGUGCACUGAAUAAGGAUGCAGCCACAGACAGGUCAGCAGCCAUUUUCUUUUUUACGACACCAAAGAGUUGCUUCAUUAUACAGUACACUGUUUUCUUGAUUGUCCAAGCUCCUGCAGUCUGUCUGAAUGUGAUAACUACAUAUCUAUAGACUAUACUGUUUGGAAAAUGGUUAAAUGGCUUCUCGGUGCUCGUCCCACCCAAACCUUGUAAUUUGCCAUUCAACACAGUUUUUUUGGGCAAAAUAAAACUGUGUUUUAUUUUGGAUUUGGCGUCUCGUACUACUGAGCUACAUACAUUGGAAAGAGCUGUUGUGUGGUUUUGCACUAUUUUCCGUAUCUAGAACCACUCAGUUUAUUUAAUUUUUUAAAACAUUAAACCUUCUUGUUUAUUUUUCUCAGAAGGACCAAAACAUGAUGGAAAAAUUUACUGUGUCAUUUGCCAGUAAUACUGACUGGCUUCACUUUAAGAUUUUUUUUCAUUUCCAGUUAAUUAUAUUCUUAUAUAUUUAUAUAUUUGAAAAAAUAUAUAUACUUUUAAUUUCAAUAUAUUACAAAUGAAUACUUUUAAUAUAUAAUUUAAGAAAAAUACAAAUUGUGCAUUUAAGAUAACAAAUUUGUCUCCAAAACAAUGGUUGUACAUAUUGCCCAUUAUUCAAACAUGAAAAUAAAAAAAAUUCUGGUGAUAUAUUAAAUGUGUGCAUCUCAAAAUCAACUAUAUCCAGUUUUGGGAGGUUUUCUGUCAAUGGUAGUGAUUCCUGUCUGAAUGGGCUACCAGUAUAUUUAGAGGCACUAAAAGCCCUUUUGUCAGGUCACAACAUAUUUGAUGUCCUAAAUGUACUCUAGCGCAUAGGAAGAUGCAUGAUCUUUAGUGUUUACAGACUUGAAAGAACCAUUUAUUCAAUACAGUCUAUCAGAACCUAUCUUGAUUAAUCACAAAUUCAUAAAAUUCCUCAUUGUCUGUCAUUUUCAUCAGUUCAGCUGAGUGUGGACUUUUUUUUUCUCCCUUUGGAAUAUGAUAGACUUUAUUCAAUGAGAUCCAUAUUUCUUUUCCUGUGUUCCCCAUAAACCAUUUGCUUAACUGAAACUACCCUGUACACAAUAUAUGAAGCCAGGAGAGACCAAUGGGUUUCCCAACUUACCUGUCACUAUAUCAAUCUUCGGGGUUAAAAUUUCUCCGGAGUUACAGUAUUUUCUCAUAAUGGCAAUUCAUUGUACAGUUUUAUGAAGAUACAAUUUCACAGGGAUAGCUGAAUCUCAAUUAAUUUGCUGCCACAAGAAUUAGGAAUUAUGAAGUAUAGAUAUUAUUGUGCAAUGAAAAAAUAAAUGUAAAAUCAUAAG